GGGGUUUAUGUGACUUUCUAAUUUGGUCGGAAGCAUUAGAUGACGUGACCCGAAAUUAUUUGAAUAGGGACAUAUGUGUGUCUUGAGUUUUCAUAUCCCCAAUUCUUCGUCGUAUCCGGACUGCGUUCCCCAUAGUCAGGUUCUCACUAUGAUUAAUAUUGGAGGAUCAUGUUACUUUGACUACUUUCAUUGUGUUAACUCUGUGAUGGUAUAGUUUCACAACUAGUACUUAUGUACUCUUCCAGAAACAAAUCUGGAUCUCUAUUUAAACGUUUGAUCUAGAUGGUUUUCGAUUAAGCUCCAGUAGUCGUGUUUUGAAAAUAAUGAUCCAAGAUUCGCUACUUUUCCUAUUCGAUCACCAGAGCAUCCUUUUUGUUCCUGGGUUACUUGGUGGAUGGCGGUAUAAUGAUUCAUUCUGAGACUUUCUCGAGAUCUUAUUAUUGUAAAGUGUCUUUUAUAGUUUAGCUGGUAUACUGUAAAUAUAUCCUGUUAUUUUUAAAAAUAUUUCAUAACAUAGAUUUUAACGUGUAGAUCGCUUCUGAAAAUUGGUCUAGAGCUUUAUUUUUUUUAUAAUAUAGACUUAUCAGUGUACAUCAAUUUAAGCUUACCGAAAGUUAAAUCAUUAUAAUGAAGAAACUGUUUGUAGAUUCUGUACACUUAUGAUCAAGUUAAGUUCAAUUUGCAAACAUCUUGACUAAAAAUACUCCGUUUUCGUCAAUUCAUCUCUAGUAAUGACUACUGACUUUGCAAAAUGCAAUCCUAACAAUGUCGAUUCAUCGAACGACCUUCCUCCGGAAAUUGAUAACGAAAUUUUAGAAGCAGAUCUUGAGGAAAAACAACGCCUAAUAAGUCAGAUUUUGGAGCUACAACAUACACUUGAGGAUUUAUCCACACGGGUAGAUGCUGUGAAAGAAGAAAAUUUAAAAUUACGUUCUGAAAAUCAAAUCCUUGGCCAAUAUAUCGAAAAUAUGAUGGCAAAUUCAUCAGUUUUUCAAUCAACAUCACCACGUGUUGAUGAAAAUAGGUCACGUACAAAUAAAAGAGUUGGGAGAUGA